UCUGUAGCAUGUUUGUAAAAACAGUGAGGCCGCUCGCAAAGCCCAUGUUUUAGGACAGGACACUCUAUGGAAGAAAAUAUACCGGACGAAGGAAACAUCGACAGCGAAAGCUGUUUAAAUAACGGUCAACCAACAGUCUAAAAGGUUUGAGGCUCGAGCCCUCCAGGCCGAUAGAUGGCAGUGCUGUGUUCAUCAAACUACAGCUGCUUCAGCGAAGGAGCGUUCAGCGUGUCGUCCAACAACACAAACAGCCCCGUGCAGCUACGUAGCCUUCAUCAAAACUCUAAAACACAGCUAAGUUACGCUGUUUGAAAUGGAUAAUAGCGAAGAGGAGAUGGAAGAGGAUGAAAACGAGUGGAGAAAAGGUCUCGUAGAUUCAGAGGCGAUUAGCUCCAGCGUGGCUUCUGGUUCAGGUCUCAAUAAGGCACCAGAGCUGUUAUCAGAAAACAGAGUCAUUCUGCAUUUUGACCUGGACUGCUUCUAUGCUCAGGUGGAAAUGAUCAGAAACCCAGCUCUGAGAGAUGUCCCUUUGGGUGUUCAGCAGAAAUAUAUCGUAGUCACAUGUAACUAUGUGGCAAGGGAGCAGGGUCUCACCAAGCUCAUGUCUGUGACUGAUGCCAAAGAGAAAUGUCCCCAGCUGGUGCUGGUCAACGGGGAAAACCUGACCCAUUACAGAGAAAUGUCCUACAAAGUCACAGAGCUGUUGAUGUCCUACAGUCCACUGGUAGAGAGACUUGGAUUUGAUGAAAACUUCAUGGACAUCACAGAGGUGGUGGAAAAAAGACUCGCACAAACAGACUCUAACAAUGUUUCAUUCAAAGGACAUGUCUUCAAUAAUUUGAGUGCAGAUGUUAAAGCCAGUGAACACCCAAGACUGGCUGUAGGUUCACACAUUGCAGCAGAGCUGAGGGACAUCAUCCACAGUAAACUGGGCCUGACUGGAUGUGCAGGCAUUGCUUCCAACAAGCUACUGGCUAAACUGGUGUCGGGCACCUUCAAACCUAAUCAGCAAACCACUCUGCUGCCACAGAACGUCAGUGACAUCAUGGACUGCCUGAGCAGUCUCCGCAAAGUUCCUGGUGUGGGUCACCAAACUGCUAAGAGACUUCAUUCCUUGGGAUUAGAGAGUGUAAAAAGCCUACAGCUCUUCCCACUGAACAACUUGGUGAGAGAGUUCGGUGGCCCCAUGGCUCAGCGUUUGAAGAAUCUGGCCUUUGGCAUUGAUGACUCACCAGUCACCACUACUGGAGCCCCUCAGUCUCUCAGUGAUGAAGACUCCUUCAAGAAAAUAUCCUGUACUAAAGAUGUUUUGGAGAAGAUUCAACAACUCUUGAACAGUCUGGUGGAGAGGAUGCACAAAGAUGGCAGGCUGCCUCAAACCUUCAGACUCACCAUUCGUAGAUUCUCAGCAACCAACAAGUGGUUCAAUCGGGAGAGCAGACAGUGUCCAAUCCCCAAGCACAUUGGACAGAAAGUCAUAUCUGGAAGCUGUGAUGAUGCUGUGGUCCAGUUGGUCUCGUUGGCCAUGAAGCUCUUCCACAAGAUGGUUGAUAGUAGCACCACUUUCCAUCUCACUCUUAUUAAUGUUUGUUUUAGCAACCUGCAAAACAAAGGACCUGCUUCUAGUGGAAAAGGCUCUAUAACAUCUUUCUUCACACAAAGCACGUUGCCCAGAAAUCCACAGCCCUUGUCGUCACAAAUCCAGGGUGACUCCUCUCAGUAUGGUGGUGGUCACUGCAUGGAUCAUCAGUGCAGCACAAACAGCAGGACUAGCCAACAUUCCUCACAAAAGACAGUAACCACAAAAAGCUGCCGUAGCUCUGGAGAAGCAUUACAUGGCUUCAGAUGGAGACAGAGCUCUGUUGUUGCUGAAGAAGAUAAUGAAAAAGGAUCCCUCAGCAGAGAGAAGUCAGUCAGCGAUGGAGCAAAUAAAACAGUGACCCAUAAACUGCCUUCAAAUGUUGACCCAGAGGUGUUCAAGCUUCUCCCUGAGGAUAUUCAGAAGGAACUGUUGUCUCCUGCCUACAUCAGCUCCUUCCCCAGCAUGUCCACAAACUUGUCAAAUGCAGCUUCAGCCCCAUAUGCGUCUCAAAUAGCAGAAAAUGAGCCUCCAUCAAUAUUUACAGUGUCACAAAGUGGUAAAAACAUAAAAGAAAUCCUUAACAGAUCAGAGUCAACAUCUACACAUCACCAGCAGCCUGCAGGCGCGUGUCCAGCAGAAAAUGUCAAGGAAGAAAGGAAAGAAAUGUUUCCUCAGCCUGCUGACUGUAAGUUCCCGGGAAAUGUGGACCCUACGGUGUUUUCUGAGCUUCCGCCGGAUGUUCAAACGGAGUUAAUGUGUGAAUGGAAGCAACAGAAGAUAGUUGUGAAGCACCCCUUUACUAAGAAACCUGGUAGAAGCUUCCUGACCAAAGAACAAAAGGCUGCAGGGAAAAGCAACCAGGCAAACAGUUUGUUGAAGUAUUUCAAACCCAGUUGAAGAGAAGGUUUAAUAGGUUAAUCUUGUGUUUUUUUGUAAUGUUACUGUAAAGUUAUAUUAAAAGAAACAUCAAUGUGUGUAUAUAUAAACAAAUUGUUUCUAAAUAUUAAAAGAGUUAUUUUAAAAAGAA